UGAGAGGUCUGGAAGUUUGCAGGAAUUCAGCAGCGGAAGCUCACACCCUAGAGGAUAUGAAGAGUUUUCCCUAAACAUACCAGCUGCUGGUGGUGGUAUUAUCAUCGUUAAGUCAUGCUGCUAAACUUUAACAAGGCGUGUUGUUUGAUUCUAAUUAGCAUCUGGCAGAUUGGGGAUACAACUCUGAGCUACUGAAAGGCUUUAGGUGCUUCACAUGUUCAUCAGUUUUAUGUUUCAGGGGGGAAAAAACUGAGAUCCGGAUCACUGAGCAUCUUUCACUGUCAGAUAAAUGGACUCGUACUUGCUCCACGAAGGAGGGGUCAGGGAGAAAAGAAGGACUUCCUUUCUAUAGGAAACUUUUCACAUCUAAUUCACACAGAGGUCCAGACAGAGAGAGAGAGAGAGAGAGAGAGAGAGAAGGAGGGAGGGAGCUGCUGACUCAGGACUUUCCCCCUCCUCCGUCCCCGUCUUCUGAGUGGUGUGAAGCGGCAGCACAGACGUGAACGAGUUACAGCCAUGUCGGGCAUCCUCCUCCUCCUCCUGUCCUUAUCCUGCCUGGUGGCCACGGUGCCUCCUCCAGUCCCCUGCAGACACUGCUGUGAUCACCUGGAGCCAGCAGAGGGCAGCGGGGCCCAGCCAAGAAGUUAUGCCCCAGAGGUCCGCACAUACAUCAACAUGACCAUUCUGAAAGGUGACAAAGGAGACCGCGGUGAGAGAGGGACACCAGGCAAAGCUGGACUUGAAGGACCUCCAGGCUCUAUUGGGCCAGCGGGAUCAAAAGGCUCUAAGGGUCAGGCUGGUCUCCCAGGAGACCCCUGCAAAGUCCAGUACUCCGCUUUCUCCGUCGGCCGUCGAAAAUCCCUCCACAGCCUUGACUCCUAUCAGACGCUUGUGUUUGACACGGUUUUCGUUAACCUCGACGACCACUUCAACAUGUUCAAGGGAACAUUCAUCUGCCACAUCCCAGGGAUCUACUUCUUCAACGUCAACAUCCACACGUGGAACUUCAAGGAGACCUACCUCCACAUAAUGCAGAACGACACGGAGCGGGCGAUUGUGUACGCUCAGCCCAGCGACCGCUCCAUCAUGCAGAGUCAGAGCCUUAUGCUGGAGCUGGAGCUGAGCGAUGAGGUGUGGGUCCGUCUGUACAAGAGGGAGAGAGAGAACGCCAUUUACAGUGACGAUGUAGAUAUGUACAUAACGUUCAGUGGAUACCUCAUCAAGCCCAGUGAAGAGAGGGAAUGAGUUGGCUGAGUAUUACUGUACACGGUCGAGCUCAAAAGCAAUUUACCACAAAACUGUCCUUGUAGAUAAACACAUAUUCAACAUGAUAAAAAUGUCUAUAUAAUAAGAAAGACUCCUAGCUUUACCAGAUUUCACUGGUGGGCUGAAAAAAUCCACACAACACUGUAAAACUUUGAUAAACCAGAGCCAGUGUGCGACCCAAUAACACUUUGUUAAUAGUAUAAAAUUAAAACAUUUGUUUCACUAGUAUAAAUUUAUACUACUAUAAUCUUUUUAGGUUCAAGAAGAGCCAAACACGCGGAUUCUGGUUAAAAUUUCAAUAUUAAUAUUAAGAAAACAUGAAGUCGUCACUGAUUUAAGAAAACAAAACAAAACAUUUAACAAAAUCAACAAAUAAUGAUUUAAAUAUUAAAUAAUUUAAAUACUGCACAGCAGUGAGUGGCCUAACUAAAUGAAAUGGGCAGUGUGUUUUCUGCAGUAAGUAUAGAAAAACAAUCACCACAUGUUCACACGUCAACUGCACUGCAGACCAAAAAGCAGCAAGAUCUGUCAAGAAGUCUCAAGUGGCCUCUGCCGCUUAGAUCUACUACACUGUAUGCAAGAAGCAGUGAGAAAAACCACACCAGCUCUCUGCAGCGCUUCCACUGUCUAGUCAAACAUAAGGCCCUGGGGCCACAAUCGGCCCAGCGAAGACUUGAAUCUGGCCCACUGGACGGCUUUAGUAAAUGUAAGGAGUGCAUACAUAGUUAACUUUUAACUGUAUUUCCAUAAGUUUUACAACUUUUCUUAUUAAUAAAGACUGCCCACCCCUGUUGCCAUUCAUACAACACCAGAGUUUUUAACUAACAGAUAAACAAUUAAAUGACAGGACAAGUUCCUGUGGUUCCACUAACUCCACACUAAAUUAACAACAAUUUUAUCUUAUAUAAUUACAGGAUAGUGUGUGCAAUGAACUAUCUUUAAAUUUUUAAGUCAUUUUACACAGUUUGGCUGCUCUGACAGGUCAAAGCGGGCUGUAUGUGGCUCACUUUGUAAAAUGAGUUUGACAUCGCCGGUCUAGAACCAAAAAAAAGAGAAAGAAAGGGUUUGGUGACCCUAAAACCAGACCAGAUUGGUAUCUAUAAGGGCAAUGCUCUGUAUGACUCUAAAAAAAAAAAAAGAAAAAGAAAAACUUGAAUUAAAAAUCUUUAUCUCAGGGAGGACAAAAUAAAAUCAUUUAAAACAGGAUACAUCAAACAAUAGGUGUGCAAUAGCCUAGGCCCUGAAAUCUGUGUUUAGAUUAGAUUCCCACUCUAACAGGUAUCACAGGAUAAGGUUGCAGGGUCUGCUUUGAGCUUCUGACAGGAGUGUAACAUAAGCCCUUCUCUUCUUCAGCCGGGGGCUCAAAACCAAAGUCAGUCCGACUUUGGAAAACCGAGACAAUGAGUCACAUCACCUCCUUGCACCAACGACUCUUAUACACAGAUCCAGCAUCAAUCAAACAGACCCUCAUUACUUUCAGCUGUGCUCAUAAAGGGAAAAAAAUGACUACCCACACCUGCCUGGAAGAGAUGGUGCUUAGUCUUAGCUCUCACAAAUGUGAAACACGCACAUCAGUUAGCUUUACAGGUGACUGUGGGCAGAUUCUGUUACCCUUACCUAAAGGUGGGGAAACUGUUUCCACUGUGCUGAGCUAAGCUGGCAGUUGUAGUUUCAUAUUUGCCAAAUGAGAGAGGUAAAUAUAUUCUUAUGAACCUUUCAGGAAAAAAAAAAAAAGGUUUGCACUUAUAUAACUUUUUAAACCCACAAAGCAAUUUCAUUGUGUUUCUCAAUCACAGACAUGUUUUUAAACCAUCAAAUAUCAAAUAAGUCUUGGUUUAUAAUCCAUCACUCCUGCCCCUGAUGUGUAAAACUAGAUGCAUUAAACAAAGCAAUAACUUUACAAAGAUGCAGGCUCAAUAUUUUUUAUUCAACAAGAAAAACAAAAUUAUAAAAAAGAUGAUGAAGUCGAUGUUCUGUAUUUGGUUUUCAGGAGCAUUUUAUAUGACAUUCACUGGGAAGAUUUGCUGUUAGUGAGUUUUGCUAAAACACGGUGCUAACUGAACUCCUGCUGCAUGAUCACUCAUCAUGGGUGACGUCAUGGCGGUUACAUCCAUCUUUUAUAUACAGUCUGUUCCACCUUUAAGGUAGUGGCGUUGAUGAUCUAACAGCAGUGAACACUCCUUACCCAGCUUUGGUUAUUCCGUGACUGGAAUAAAAAGUGAAUGUUGUUUAUAGCAACAAUAAUGGUAAGAACAUCUUUUUGGACACGUCGAAUGUAAUUCUCACUGUGAGCCCUUCUUAUUUCAUGUCCACUCAUGUCAGUCCCCACAGAUUGACAUGAGUUAUAUAAAAUAAAUGAAAGAAGCAGA